AGACCUGUUUCUCCACGGAUGGCUUUAUUCCGGGUUACAGAAGCCUCCGAGUGUUGGAGCCGUAGCGAGGUUACCCCCAUCGUCCAGCCCCAGAGCUUCCUUUGUUCGAAGGAAGACGUGUCCCUGGAAGUGACAGGAAGUGUUGCCCCUCAAGACCCCUGCUAGACGCGGAGCAGUUUAGGAGGGGCUGGCUGCCCGGCAGCCUUGGGAGCCGCUGCCAGGUGGGACCCAGGCUGUGGCCGAGAGUGGAGCCAGGGACGAGCUGAGAUGGGCGGGGAGGAGGGCCAUCGGGGUGGCCCCUGCGGACCUCGGUGCCUGCCGGGCAGCCAGGAGCAUGGGCCUCCUGCCCGUGCAGUGGGGGCGCCUGCUCGAGGGAAGGCCCAGGAGGGAUGAGGCGGGAGGGGGUGCUCGCCCGUGCCCUGCAGGGCCGGGGCCCCUCAGGUCGCUCCCCUGUGUUCUGGCCUCCCGGGAACCCGCCGGCCCCACGGGGGAAGCCUACUAUGUGCACGUGCCCGAGAAGAUGAGGGGCAGGCGGUCUGCAAUGCUCCCAGCGUGGUCCACAGGCUCAGAUGGCACUGCUCCCAGCCCACUGCACCCUGGAAGGACUGACCCUUCAGUCCCCCAGCAUCUCACUUGGCAUCAGGCCGGCACCGAGUGACCCUCCGCUCCCCUGGCGUGAGUAGCUUGCCUGUAUUACUGCCAAAAGCCUUAACUUGCUCCCACUUAUUGAUAGGCAUUUCCUGGUAAUUUGAGGCCACGUUGUAUGACAUACACCCCUGGGCCCAGCAGCAUCAUUCUGGUUCUCAAGCGGCCUUCAGCGUCCCCGGCCGCUCGCACGGGAGGGUGGCCAGCAUCCUGCGUGAAGCCCUGGCUCCCGGGUGUCUCUGAUGUUUCACUGGGUCUUGGGGAGGAAGUGCCCACCGGCUGCUGGGGAAGUCCUGCAGAAUCUCAGAUGCUCGGGAUUCGAGGCUAUGAGCGUGCAGGACAGAAACCCACUGGUUGUGACUGAGGUUCCACGCAGAGCUGACUUUGGGGAAGAGUUUAGUUAGCAGCACCUUUAAAACACAGUCAGGUAUUUAGGAGACAGUGAGUUAACCCCAGCGGCUUGGCAGGAUGCCUGUGUCCCGUCACAAACUGUCUGCGGUGGGUGCGCGUCCUGACUCACCGGCCCGACCCCUGGAGUUCAGGGUUCUUUGGGGCAACGUCACACACACGGGGAGGGACACGGCUCAGGGUCGUGCUCACCGUGGGUCCCAGAGCCCGUGGGGGCUGCUCCCGUGGGCUGCGGGGACCAUUUCCACACAGCUGCCCCAAGGCCCUGCACCCUGGUCUCGGGGUGGCCUGCAUCCCAGACUUGCCACAUCAAAUGCACCAUCUGUUUCCUCGGAUCGUGAGCCGGGCCAGCCUCUCGGGAAGCCAGUGAGAAGAUGCAAGCGUGGAUGGCGUCUGCUCCAGCUCGGGGUCGGUCAUGUUGGGAACGCCCAUGCGAGGAGGUGAACCAAGGCCCCAGGAAGGGAGGCCCAGCUGCUCCCGGGGUGCCUGGUGCAGCUUGCGCCCCGGGACAGUUCAGGGCUACCCCAAGGCCUCGUCGAGGGGCAGGCUCGGAGCCGCUCUGUGGAAAGUGUCGCCGGCCAAACAAAGCCGCGAUCGGUUUCCUCUCUGCAAGCUGCAGUGCUGUGCGGCGGAACUGCCGGUUUAUUUCCAGAGCCCGGCCGUAUCCCCUGAGGCCCUCCCGCUCCUGCUGUUUGGACUCGAGGCUUCCUGAGCUUGGAAGGGUUUUGACUCCGCGCCCCCGAGGCCCAGAGCUCCGCACACAAGCCCACCCCCGAGGAAGGAGGAAGGAAACGCCCAGGACUUGAAGUGGACAGCCUCGCCCGCCUCGGGAGCCCCUCUCAGACCGGCAGGCGUGUCCUCUGUGCUCCUCCACGGCCUGUCAGUGCCCGGCGUUCUGGGGUCUGCAGCCUGGAUGCGCGCGUCGCCCCGAGGUCUCCCAGGGCCGUGUGUCCGGCUCAGCGCGUCCCGGGGUCAGCCCGGCUCUCGAGCGUCCCCCGCGGAGCCCUGCAGGACAGCCCUCGGGGGAUCCGGGGCUGAAGACCGGGAGCCACCGCCGCCUCCUCCUCGGUGGGGAGACUUCGGGACCAUGGCCGAGAGAGGAGCGUCCCGCGGAGCCCGGGGGACCCCCCGGCGCUGGCUCCGCCUGCCACCCCUGCUGCAGCGCUGGAGGCGUCGCUGGGCGGCCUCGAGGCACCGGCAGCCUGAUGAGAUCAUGCACCACGACAUCAGCCCGCUCUGCGCCGCCGACAUCCGGGACCAGCUGCAGAAGCGCUUCGCUUACCUCUCGGGCGGGCGGGGCCAGGACGGCAGCCCAGUCAUCACCUUUCCCGACUACCCGGCCUUUGGCGACGUCCCGGACCAGGACUUUCAGAAUGUCAUGACCUACCUCACCAGCAUCCCCAGCCUGCAGGACACUGGCAUCGGGUUCAUCCUGGUCAUAGACCGCAGGCAGGACAGAUGGACCUCAGUCAAGGCGUCCAUCCUGAGAAUAGCGGCGUCCUUCCCCGCGAACCUGCAGCUGGUCCUCGUCCUGCGGCCCGCCGGGUUCUUCCAGAGGACGCUCUCCGAGCUCGCCUUCAGGUUCAACAGAGAUGACUUCAAAAUGAAGGUGCCGGUCAUAAUGCUGAGCUCCGUCCCAGAACUACACGGCUACAUCGACAAGUCCCAGCUGACGGAGGACCUGGGCGGGACGCUGGCCUACUGCCACUCCAGGUGGCUCUGCCAUCGCACCGCCAUCGAGAGCUUCGCCCUCCUGGUCAAGCAGACGGCGCAGAUGCUGCAGGCCUUUGGGACGGAGCUGGCCGAGACGGAGCUGCCCAAUGACGUGCAGUCCACGAGCUCCGUGCUCCUUACCCACACUGAGAAGAAGGACAGAGCCAAGGAGGACAUGAGGCUGGCGCUGGUUGAGGGGCGGCGCGUCCUGGAGAGCAUCCGGGAGCCGCUGGGCCGGGGCCCGGAGCAGAGCCCCAACCAGGACCAGCUGGACAGCCAGAGCACCGUGCAGAGGCUCCUGGCCCAGCUGAACGAGACCGAGGCCGCCUUUGACGAGUUUUGGGCAAAACAUCAGCAAAAACUAGAGCAGUGCCUGCAGCUCCGGCAUUUCGAGCAGGACUUCCGGGAGGUCAAAGCCGCCCUGGACGUGCUGGCCCAGAAGGUCACGACCUUCACUGAUGUGGGCAACAGCCUGGCGCAUGUGCAGCACCUCCUGAAGGACCUGGCCAGCUUCGAGGAGAAGUCCAGUGCCGCUGUGCAGCGGGCCCGCGCGCUGUCCCAAGAGGGCGAGCGGCUCAUCGGCCACAAGCACUACGCCGUGGACUCCAUCCGCCCCAAGUGCCAUGAGCUCCGCCACCUGUGCGACCAGUUCGCGGCCGACCUGGAGCGGAGGAGGGGGCUGCUGGGCAAGUCGCUGGAGCUGCACAGCCUCCUGGAGGCGUCCAUGAAGUGGUGUGAUGAGGGCAUCUACCUGCUAGCAUCACAGCCCGUGGACAAGUGCCAGUCCCAGGAUGGUGCAGAGGCCGCCCUCCAGGAGCUUGAGAGGUUUCUGGAGACGGGGGCAGAAAGUAAGAUCCAGGAGCUCAGCAAGAUCUUCCAGGACUACGAGCCCAUCCUCACCAAAGACCUGCUGGAGCAUGUGCAGAGAGUCUUCCAGAAGCAGGAGAGCGUGGAGGAGAUGUUCCACCGCAGGCAGGCCAGCCUCAAGAAGCUGGCAGCCAAGCAGACACGGCCCGUGCAGCCCGUGGCCCCGCGGCCGGAGGCGCUCACCAAGUCGCCCUGCCCCUCCCCAGGCAUCCGGAGGGGUUCUGAGAACCACAGUUCCGAGAGCAGUGCGCUCCGGAGGGGGCCCUACAGGAGGGCCAAGAGUGAGGUGAGCGAGGGCCGGCAGGGCCGCGGCAGCUCCACGGGGGACGAGGAGAGCCUGGCCGUCCUGCGGAGGCACGUGAUGAAGGAGCUUCUGGACACAGAGCGGGUCUACGUGGAGGAGCUGCUGUGCGUCCUGGAGGGCUACGCUGCAGAGAUGGACAACCCUUUAAUGACUCAUCUAAUCUCGACUGGCCUUCAGAACAAGAAGGAUAUCCUGUUUGGAAACAUGGAAGAAAUUUACCACUUUCAUAACAGGAUAUUCCUGAGGGAGCUGGAGAACUACACAGACUGCCCGGAGCUGGUCGGCAGGUGCUUUCUGGAGCGGAUGGAGGAGUUCCAGAUCUACGAGAAGUACUGUCAGAACAAGCCGCGCUCUGAGAGCCUGUGGAGACAGUGCUCCGACUGCCCCUUCUUCCAGGAGUGCCAGAAGAAGCUGGACCACAAGCUGAGCCUGGACUCCUACCUGCUGAAGCCAGUCCAGAGGAUCACCAAGUACCAGCUGCUGCUCAAGGAGAUGCUGAAAUACAGCAAGAGCUGUGAGGGCGCCGAGGACUUGCAGGAGGCCCUGAGCUCCAUCCUGGGCAUCCUCAAGGCUGUGAAUGACUCCAUGCACCUGAUCGCCAUCACUGGCUACGAGGGGAACCUGAGCGACCUGGGGAGGCUGCUCAUGCAGGGCUCCUUCAGCGUGUGGACCGACCACAAGCGGGGCCACGCCAAGGUGAAGGACCUGGCCCGCUUCAAGCCCAUGCAGCGCCACCUGUUCCUGCACGAGAAGGCCGUGCUGUUCUGCAAGCGGCGGGAGGAGAACGGUGAGGGCUACGAGAAGGCGCCCUCCUACAGCUACAAGCAGUCCCUGAACAUGACGGCCGUCGGCAUCACGGAGAACGUGAAGGGUGAUGCGAAGAAGUUCGAGAUCUGGUACAACGCCAGGGAGGAGGUGUACAUCAUCCAGGCACCCACUCCUGAAAUCAAGGCGGCCUGGGUGAGUGAGAUCCGGAAGGUGCUGACCAGCCAGCUGCAGGCGUGCAGAGAGGCCAGCCAGCACCGCGCCCUCGAGCAGUCCCAGAGCCUGCCCCUGCCCGCGCCGGCCAGCACCAGUCCCUCAAAAGGGAGCACAAGAAACAUCAAAAAGUUAGAAGAAAGAAAAAUGGACCCGCUGAGCCUGGAGGGAUACGGGGGGUCGAUGCCACUGCCGAGGGCCCCCGAGAAGGGCAAAGAUGACGUGGUCACUAGCUCUACCUCAGAAAGCUCUGCCCUUUCCAAAAAGCGCUUCACCCUGCAGAGCUUUGCUGCCCUCAAAGCCCAGAAAGCGUCUCCCACCAGUCCCGACAAAAAAGCUAAGCGACACCAAGUAAAGAGCGACCCCACGCCUUUUGGGUUACGAGGCUGGAGCAAGACGUCCCACCCGUCAGAGACGCCCGAGGACAACGACGGCUGGUCAAGCACCGAGGAACCAGUCAACUCCUCAGAUGCAGAGGAGGAGGGCAGAGUGGGCCCCGGGAAGCUGGUCCCCGGGAGGUACACCGUCGCCAGGCUGGACGAGAAAGGCGUCCCCGACGCGCUGGCCCUGAGAAGCGGGGAUGAGGUGGAGCUGGUGCAGGAGGGAGAUGAGGGCCUCUGGUGCGUGCGGAACCUGAGCUCCGGCACCGAGGGCUGGGUGCCUGCCCACAACCUGUCCGCGCUCCUCUGCCAGGGCGGCCCCACGGGGUGUCUGAGCAGCCCAGAGUCCAGCGCGGGGUCCGCGGUGCUGAGCCCCUCGUCCAGCUGCAGUGAGAGCUGCACGGCCGCCGUCGCCGACCUGCGUGGGUAGCGCCACGGCCACCCUGCCCGCCGCGCGGGAGCUGGCCUCUGCUGGGGCCGCCUGCCCACGGAGCCGCGCCCGGAACCCAGCGCCGCCGCGGCCCCCGAGGGCAGGGCGCCUUCCUGGGCGCGGGGCGGAGCGCGGCGCCCGAUCCCCUGGGAAGGGGCGGACCGGCCGAGCUGACGGACAGACCUCCGGGGAAGGACCCCGCCGCCCCUCGGCCUCUACCGCAGCCGCUGCCUCGGGUUUCCGGCGCCUCUGGUGCGGCGCUGACGGCAGGAGCACGCAUCCCGCGACGCUGCGUCCAGGAGAAGCGGCCGACGGCUGGGGAUGAGCGUGGGGAUAGUUUGUCUUAUACACAUUUUUUUUUAAGCAGGGAUUAAUCCUACGGCCCUUUUUUUGUGGUACUUUGGCCUCUGAUCUUUACCAGGAAUCACUGUGUUUACAUGAAAUGGCAAUUUGAUACUGUAUUUGAUAUAAAACUAUUUUUUGUUACCGGGGUUUACAUGGCACUGGGUGACGGGGGGCAUGCUCUCGGGGAACUUGGCAGCACUCUCUGAGGCCACCUGGUCCCAGGUGCAGGGGAGGGGGUCCCCCGGGAGGAUCAGGCAGAGUUUCUACAGACCUGCGGUGAGAAACCAAGGAAAUCCCUUCAUCUGUAUAGGUUAAUUUCCAAAAGAACAUGUAAACUAUAAUUUAAGAGGUUAACCUUUUCUACAGAAAAAUGAGGGGACUCCUGAUUUUUUAACACUCUUCACUGGUUUAGGGUAUUUUUAUUGUUUUUACAUGUAAAGAUGCAGUCUCGCAGGUGUCACCUGAGCUGACACCAGCCCGGGUGCCCGGGGAAGCCCUGAGUGGGACCGCCCCCGCCCCGUGGCCCGUGUGCAAGCGCGUGAGCGCGGGAGCUGAGUGUAUGUUAUUCUACUCAAGGCAGAACUGGAAGGAAAACUCUUCCGUCUCACUGUUUCUCUGUGUUUCAGAAACAAAUCCUGUUGUCUGGAAGUGCUUCUCUGUGUCUGGUUGGGGCAGAUAUUUCUGUGUGUGUGUGUGUGUGUGUGUGUGUGUCGACGUGUGGGUGCGUAUGCGCCCGGCGCGGGCGGUGUAUCUGUAGCCUCCAAGCUGCUGGCAAUGUGUCAGGUCGCAGCCCCCGAGCCCGAGGCCGCUGCAGUCCCGCCGCGGCCCCCCAUUGGCGGGCGGGUCAGGCCUCUCUGAACCGUGUAGUAGACGGAGGGCAAGCUCCGCAGCUCUUCUCCAGAAGUGUGUAAGUUAUUUGGAAAACGAUGAGUCACAUAAUUUACUUAAUAUAUUGACUGUUCAGACAUCGUUCCUGCUGUCUCAGCCUGGGAUUGGCCCCGUUUCUGUCACCUCUUCCUCAUAAAGGCACUUUAAAACCUCAUGUUUCAGUCACAUUUGUUUUUUUAACCUUCUGAUGUAAAUGAAAUUUAAAAGUCAGAAUUCUUUAUUGUACGGAUGGAGUUUGAAUAAAUAUUGGCAACUCUUGCA